AUGUUUGCAUCAAUCCUUCUCUUAAGGCUGAAACUCAACCUCGAUAAUUUCACCCUUAAAACAUUGCUUACAAAGAAAGGCAUAGACCUUUCUCCGCUUGAUCCAUAUCCAUCAGUCAAGAAACUUGUUAGCCUUGCUGCAGAUUCAAAAACAAAAAUAUCUGAUUUGAUCAAUGAAAUGUCCCCGAUAAUCGGCGCUAGCUAUGAUGCUAUUCAAGCCGGAUAUCAAAAAUCCGAAAUGCCAAAAUUCCUCACAAACAAGACUGCUUUAACAGAAUUGAUUAAUGAUGACGUUAUCUCCUCAGAAACAAUUGAUACCAUCUUCACUUAUUGGACUCAUGUAUCCAAGCUCAUUAAACUGUUUGGAUAUAGUGAUAAGAAAGUAAAGUCCCUCUUACAAGCCAUUAAAGACAAUAACAAGAAGUAUACAGUUGAAGAUGCACUCGAUGCUUUUGAUCUCCCAUCUGGAUACGCUUACUACAUUUUCGAGGCUAUCGAUAAAGCUAUGAACGAUAAAGAUUACACAAUUGGUGAUAUUCCACCACAUCUUUUCAUUCCAGUUGACGACUUCAUGACAGCACUAAAACAGAUUCCUACAUUAAUUGCAGAUGACCACGUAACACUUGAUGAAUUCGUUAAAGAGCUUGAUGCCCUUAUUACAACAGGAGUAGCUACAACAUUAGGUGUUAGAACCAUUAUCGGAAAGACAAUUUAUCUUUUCCUUUCACCAAUAGUCAAGAUGAUUCCAAAGUCUUCUAAGGAUGUCAAAUCAUUCGUCAGCGACUUUGUUGAUUUAUAUGAUGGCAUUAUUGCUGAUACAUCUGUUCCAGUUGAUGUUGUUAAUAAAGUCAAGGAAUGGAGUGUUGUAGUUGAACUCUUAAGAGCAUCAUUGCAAACAAAGGAAAUCAAGAUGCCACCAAACGCUGUCGAGUUCGCAAAAACCGUACUUCCAUACUUUGACUCAAGAGUUCCAUUAUCUUCCAACUUAAUCAAUGAUUAUAGUUGGGCUCAUUACAUUGGCCAAAACUCUUUCCCAUAUGUUAUUGCAAAAGGAGAUGUUCCAAUUGUUUAUGCAAUUCUCACAACGAUCUUAGAAGAAGAAGUUACAGAAGCCAAUAUUAAGGAAACAGUUGAGAAUAUUCGCGCCACGCUCAAAGAAAAACUUGACAUUACAGAAGAUAUUAAAACAAAAGUUAUUAACUAUCUUUAUGCAUAUUCAUCUCAUGUUUCAAUGCUCGAUCCUAAUGUUACUCUUAAUGAUCUUGUUCAGGCUGUUGAAUUUGAGCCAUAUGAUCCAGAUACAAUCAAAGCCACAAUUGAUGCUUUUAUUCACUUGAUCAACAAAUAUCAGAGCUUCAGUACAUAUUCAACAACAGUUGUAAACAAAUUGAAAGAAAUCAAGGGUGUUAUCACAGCAAAUACAAAGGUCAUUGAUAUUGUUAAACUUUUCCCAGCUGGAGACUUCAUUUCCUCAUUGCUAUCAUGUGCUAACACAAUAGAUUAUGAAGCCAACGAAACAUUUGAUGAAAAGGCAGCUCACUUCAAUGAUUUAGUUGCAUUUGGCGUUAAAGUUGUUCCAACAUUAGAUGCCUGGGUUGCCUUAGAUAGCGCAACAAUCAGUCAGAUGCUCAAUGCUGUUGUCACAACAUCAGCUGAAGGCAAGCAAUUUGUCAGCAACAUUGUCAAGGCUCUCAAUGAGUUCGACUCAAAUGCCCUUCAUUUCAAUGGAAAUGAUAUCGCUGACAUUUUUGGAGAAGACUAUACUAAUUUAGCAAACAGCGUCAAAGAAGUUACAAAAAUCCCAUAUUCAAACACUGCAACUGUACUCUAUUACGCUACCCUCGUUAACUUCACUGAAUCAAUCGAUUCACUUUACAGCCUUGCAUUAGAAGCAUCAACAGGCACACUUAAAUACGAUACUAUUGGCGAAGCUGGCAGCCAAAUAAGUAAUCAAAAUGAAAAGUUAAAUGAAGAAUAUAACGGCAAACGCGGACUUUCAGGAGGAGCUAUUUUCGGUAUCGUAUUGGCUGUUUUGGUUGUUAUUGGUGCUGUCUGCUUUGCUGUUUGGUUCUUUGUCUUCAGAGGUCAAAAGAAAGAAUCACAAUCCGGUACUGAACAAAUAACUUUAGUAUAA